AUGCUUUGCCUUCGAGAUGAGGCCGUGCUCAUCCCCCAGCCUCGUGGGAGUUUACCAAAAGUUUGUGCUGGAUUGCUGGCUGCCAUAGCAACAGGGGUAUUGCUGUUUACAUCGCCUGAGAGGAUAAUUAACCUGGUAGCUUUGGCCUCUCUGAUUGUGACUCUGGGGCCUCUGCUAUCUGGACUCUGUCUGCUGGCUGAAGAGGUGCUGCACCAUUCAAGCACAAGGUAUCGAGGCAGAUCGCUGCUCGGCCACAUUAUGCCAGCCUGUGGGUUGGGGGGUAAGACUCUGCUGGCGGCAGCAAUGGCCUGCCUCCUACUGUACGCCACCAAACACUCUCUGCACCACAAAGACCAACAUUGGGAGCUUGUUGUUCUCGUUCCUGCUGUUUACACACUAUUGAAAAGUCUGGCAGUCCUGGGUCUGUCUGAGGUGGAGGUGUCAGUCAUCUGUGAGGAGAGGAAGAUGAACGUGGCCCACGGCCUGGCCUGGUCCUUCUACUUUGGCUACCUGCAGCUGGUUCUCCCGAGUUUGGAAGCGUCCAUCGAUUCAUUUCGUGCCUCUCACCAAGGCAGCUUCCAGAGCCGUGGCUCCCAGAAACUCAUCGUCCUCAUUCCUAUCAACGCCAACAUAUCGCACAAGCUGGAGGACGAAGACAGUAACAUCAAAUUCUACGACAGCCUCCCAAACAGCCAGAUGGACAUGGCAGGAAUCCGGGGCCGGGUCUACAAGCACAGCGUGUACAGAGUGCAGGACGAGCAUGGGAAGACCCACGAGUGUCCAGUGGAGUACGCAACGCCCCUGCUGACAUUGUACCGCAUGUCCCAGGACAGAAACGCAGGUUUUGGGGAGCCUGAACGCAGACAGCAGGUUCUGCUCUUCUACAGGACCCUGCAGGACAUCCUGGAGCAGUCACUGGAGUGCCGCAACCGCUACAGGCUCAUCCUGCUCAAUGAUGAGCACGAGGAGGACCCUCACUUCCUGUCCAAAACCAUCCUGAAACAUCUGGAGCAGCAGAAUAAAGAGGAGUUCUGCCUCAGCUCGGCUCCGCAGCAGGAGACCAAUAAGGUCGCACAGAUGGAAGACUGGCACAACCCGGACCCAAUGAGCCGAGAGCCCACCCUGAUGAUCAGCCUGGAGAGGCCGCAGCCUCUCAGGGGACCUGUUGAGAACUCGGACAUCAGCUAAAACAGCAUCAGAAUCUUCAAAAGAAGGGGGGAGCACACCUCAACCUUUCAUACGAUGGAGAUACUUGGGGGGUUUGGGGUUGAAGCGAGACUUUGCUGUCAACAGGCAUUCAAUUGACUCAGAUCUUUAUGGUUCUAACUGGCAGUUAUGACAAGUACCGUACACAGUCUUUGUCACAUAUGGUUAAAAAAAACAUAUCAAUUCUACUGUAUAAAAAAGGUGCUUCUGAAAGCAGUUUUUUCUCUAUUUUAAUUGUUAGUAUAAUAACCAUAAAGUGAAAACAAAAACUGUACAUCAGCAUACUAACAUUAAAAUGGAAAAAGAAUCUGUGCUUCUUUUCAG